AUUGUAACUAGGUUAAUAAAUCACAUAGACCUUCACUCAUAGUCAGUUGGCCAGGCUGAGUCAUGUGACCUAUAAAUCCACCUUUCGCACCUGACACCUUGCAAUACCUCCAAGGGCAAGUGCAGCGAGCAAAUGACUCGAAUAUCUCCUUCGCAGCAUCUCAGUGGACACUUGCGGCCGUCCGUCGAGUACCACUUUAGCGAGGAACAAUGCAAAAUGAUCUAAAUGCUUCAGAUACCACCUCGCCCGCUGGCAACAGCGCUGGCCACACCACUACGUCGCAGCAUGCUGGUCGAAAACGAAAGGCUCCGUCGUCUGGCUCCAGAGGAGUAGCAAGCCUCACGCAAGAACAACUCGCGAAAAAGCGCGCCAAUGACCGAGAAGCGCAGCGCGCAAUCCGAGAGCGGACGAAGCAGCAGAUCGACAACCUCGAACGAAGGAUACAAGAGUUGACGUCGCAACAACCAUAUCAAGAGCUUCAGGCUGUGAUCAGACAAAAAGAUGCCAUACAAGCAGAGAACGACGAGAUCCGGAGGCGCCUGGCCUCGAUCAUGUCCAUAAUACAGCCCAUUGUAGGAGCUCAGGGCUUGACAGAUCUUGCGACCGCUGCGCAACACAAUGUCCAAACUGCACUGGAGCAACAGACUAGUGCCUUUCAAUCCAACAACGUCCCUGCCACCGAUCCGUACCUAGAUGGCCAGCAGAACGGUCGUCAAUUCUCCACAUCACCCACAUUGGCCCAACAACCGUUGGAGAACUCGUCUUAUCCCUCGCCAUUCGCACAGGAAGAGCAGACUACCGAGAACAACAGAGCGUGGGCUGCAUCGAGAGACGCGCUCAAUCAUCAGCGUGACAAUUUGCAGCGUGGCGUCGAACUGAACGAGUCUGGCGAGCGGCUCUCAUUUACCUUUCUCCUCGACAGUCUUGGCCAGAAGUCCCAGAACCCGGCUUCGCAACCGCAGCAGACAACUUCACCAACGCGUCGCUCCGCUUACCCAGCCAUAGCACCAACCUUGACCGAGCAAUCACAGCUCCAAACACCCUGGACUGCUCUUCCCAAGCAUAUGCCACCCACAUGCCCGCUAGACGGUUUGUUGCUGAACUUUCUGCAUUCGCGACAGCGUGAAAACAACACGGAGAUGCUGAGUCCAAGCUAUCCCAGCGUCUCUUCGCUUCUCAACCCUUCUGGCGGCCACCGUCUUGACCCGCUAUCUCAAUUAAUGACCGACAUCAUCAGCAAAUUCCCCAACAUAUCCGACAUGCCUGAGCAAGCCGCGACACUGUUCGUGAUGUUUAUCUUUAUGCGCUGGCUCAUCAACCCGACCCAAGAGAACUACGAGACCAUCCCUGAAUGGAGCCGGCCUACACCUGCGCAGAUAUUCACACCACAUCCUGCUUGGAUCGACCAUAUUCCUUGGCCGCGCAUGCGGGACAGACUCGUGGCUAACUUCCAAGACUAUCCGUUCGAGAACUGGUUUAUCCCCUUCACCAACGACUUGAGCGUCAACUGGCCUUACGAUCCUAUUGACUGCCUUCUAUCUACAUCGGCGAAGGAGGAUCCCGUCAUCAAUCCGGUAUUUGAGAGACAUGUCCGUCGGCUGGAGAACUGGUCGCUUGGCCCGGGUUUUGCGGAGGCGUUUCCUGCCAUGGUCGAGACGACUCGCAUCAGACGCAGAAGUACGACCAAGGACAAGUCUGCCACUGUGUCAUCUUAGUUGGACGAAACGAGCUGGCACUGAGUCAUUCGAGGCGGGUGUAGAGAUGUGCUUUCUUUCCCUGAAACGUAUUCACUUUUUGUCGAUUUUUGAUACCCGUGGCGGCAGCAAGGUCAAAAGACCGGUGCUAGCGAACAACAGACUUUCUAAGCAAAUACAUAUGCAUCACGUUGACGUGACGAAAAUGCGUCUUUUCACCUUCGAAUCGCUCACAGCCAUAUCUUUUGUCUAUGGUAGGAUUCCUGAGCUUCUUGAACGCACUUGA